AUGGCCGCUUUAGCAAAAGGUUAUGUGCAAACUGCCCAGGGAAAGGCGAACGUUCAAAGGGAGUUUGAGAUACCGCUGUCGCCCUGGUCCUGUGACCGUGAAUUGGCCUGGGCUAAAACAUCGAAAGACCCUAGGGUUGCUGCAGGUCAACAGUCCCCACUGGAGAAAAAGAUCUUGAACCUAGGUGGGAUGUAUACAACAGCAGCAAGAUACUUGAUAACUCAGAAAUAUCAAGAGGAGUAUGAAACACUCUGUAGGGAGCAGGCUCGUUCUCUUGCCUACUGGCUUGCCAAAGCAGAGUCCUACUAUAAUAAAAGAAUAAUGGACAUAAUGGAAAAAGAGGCAAUGGGCAAUGAAAUGAAGAUGAAAAUGGAGGAGGAAACAACCCAAAGCAUAGAGGAACAAAAGCAUUACUAUGUAAUACCCAAGAGAGAGAGGAAACAGAUAGAAAGGCACAUACAUCAAACAGGCCAGGCCAAAGGAUUUAAGAACAGAACAUUUAGACAGCCACAACCCAUCAGUGAAACGUUACCAAAAGCUACGCCAGAAAAGCAUGGUAUCCAGAAAGCACAGAGACGAAAGCAGGUAAAUGAAAGAGAACAGAUACAAAUUAAGGAUCACCAGGAACGCAUGAUUUGAGGGAGAGAACUUAUACAGCAAACACUCAAGGAAAGAAUCCUGAGAAAAAGCCAGAGCCAGCCACCUACAUGUGAAAAGUGUGGGAGAGCACAGAAAGACAUCGGGGAGCUUGAGAGAGUCACUGCAUAUCCACUUUUCCAGCCAUGCAGUAGAAGUCGGGUGCAAGUGACUGUUCUUAUGGAAAAGUCUUAGACUAGAGAGGAAGUGGAUACAAUUCUAAAACCAAGUGAAAGAAAACGCUUGGCUCUACCCCCCUUUUUGGGACAUCAAAUAGGAAAAUAA